CUUCGUGUGUAGUCAGAUGUUGGAGCAGCCGGAACUCAGAUCAGGACGGCAUCGCUCUGUGUGAGAGAAAGCAACUCAACAAAGUGACUGUUUUAGAUGACCGAGAGUGCUCGGUGAAAGACUACCGGCUACCCCAGGUCAUGGUGGGAUUCUUCGCGGGAUGAGAGCCACCAGGGGCCGCGCGCACUGGGGACAUCCAGGGCGCCGGUAGUGCGCACCCACUGGGGGCAGCGGUGGGUGGCAAGCAGUCGGGCGGACGGGCUCACGGUGGGGUCGGCCCCCUCCGGAUGACAAAGCGGGUAACCCGACCGAUGAAUAACUCGGGAGGAGCUCUCGCCCGAGAUCCAAGAUGAUCGCGGCGUUUUUCCCCCUGAAGAAACUGAGGCGCAAUGGCAAAUAUCUCUUGUUCGGGGCGAUUCUGCUGGUCGGAGCUGUGGCCGUCUACCAUGAGAUGGUCGCUGCAAAAGCAUGGAGCAGUGAAACCAGUAUGAAUCCCUACGCUGACAGCAGCAGCUGGAGGAGAGCCAUGUUUGACGAGAGGGUCAGGAGAGACCAGCAGCCACACUCCAUGGAGGAUUCAGCCGCUUGGAGAUCAAGCUACACUCCACAAACCUGGAAACCAGAGUAUAAGGGACAGGCCAAUCUGCACAUCUUUGAGGACUGGUGUGGCACUUCUACAGCUGACCUCAGCAAGAACCUGCACUACCCGCUGUAUCCUCAUUCCAGGAUUACAGUGUCAAAGCUGGCCGUCUCCCCUCAGUGGACAAACUAUGGGCUCAGGAUAUUCGGUUAUCUACAUCCAUACAGCGAUGGAGAGUUUGUGUUUGCUGUAAGCUCCGAUGACAACUCGGAAUUGUGGCUCAGCUCAGAUGAGUCUCCCCUUAACUUGCAGUUACUGGCAUGGGUUGGAAAGACUGGCACAGAAUGGACAGCCCCGGGCGAGUUUGACAAGUAUGCCAGUCAGAUCUCCAAACCAGUUAGGCUGUCUGCUCAGAAGAGGUACUUUUUCGAGGUUAUCCACAAGCAGAACGACAAAGGAACUGACCAUGUGGAGGUGGCAUGGCGGCUCCAGGAUCGAGGCAGGUUCAGUGUUAUUGAAUCCAGUCACAUCUCCCUCUAUGUUAAUGAGUCUGCCUUGUUAAUGAGUGACGUAGCCCACAUACCACAGACGGCUGCGAGCCACCAGCACACACCCACAAGGCAGCAGAGUGCCGCAGCAGACAUUUUGAGGGAGGACCCACGAGACACUCUCUACCACGUGCCUUUGAUAAACAGCAAGUUCCUACAUGGUGUUCUGCCUGACUGCUCGUACAAACCCAGCUACAUUAUAAAAGACUUUCCGCUUGUCCGCUACCAAGGACUGCAGUUUGUCCACAUGUCCUACAUCUACCCCAACGACUACACUCGCCUCACACACAUGGAGACGGAGAACAGCUGCUUCUACCCAGAAAACCCUUACUACAUGAAGAUGUUCGGUGUCUCUAGAUACAUGAGAUUAGACCGUCCUGAUACGUGGGAGACAGAAAACAUAGGCAGAGGUUUUGGUUUCCAGAGGAGGAAAUCAGUGCAAGAGGAGGACGAGUAUGACAAUGAAGCCUAUCGAAGAGAAAAGGCAGUCAGGCAGGACGGGGUGAAUAACGGCCUUUUUCCAGACUAUGGUGACGAUUAUGACGAUUACAUUCAGAGACGCAGGCGCAAACUCUUCUCCUUAGUCAUGCAAGAAACUAACAACACGCGGAAGAACAUAUCUGAAACAAGACUGCACAUAGAUGAGUUGCAGAGGAGGCAGGGGAAAGACGGUGUCUCAAAGCGAAAGCCACAGAAACCAGCUGAGAGUCUGCAGUCAACACAAACCCUAAAAUAUCACCUGCAACAGAACAGGACGGAAGUAAGGCUUGAGGGCCAGGUUAUAAAAGCAGGACAGGUGAAACCAAUGAAAGCAAAAGGAAAGUCAAAAUCAAAAAAGAGAAAAAAGCUCAAAUCGGUACAGACCGUUGUGAGACCAGGACAGACAACCCCAGUGAUACCAGUGGACAGAGAGCAGUUUAAAGCACUGGAGGUGUCCCGUAAAAUGAAUAAUACCCAAAUCAAGAGACUUAAGGACUCAAAGAUUCAACCCUUAGAGAGAGUCACUCCUCUGCUUGAAAAGCCCACAGAGGCCCCGCAGCGAAGGGUUGGAAUCAGAGACAUGGAGCUCCAUCCAGGCGUCCUGGAGCGCCCUGCAGUAAACCUUAAUCAGCGGGACACAGUUACCAGAAAACGCCUCAGGGAUAAAGACACAGAGAUGAAAAUGCCUCUGCAAGAUCUGGAAAAUAGCAUCCACAGAGUAAGGAUGGUCACCAAAGGCAAAAUACACAAAAGGCAGUGGGACAUGGGAGAGGAGAACCAAGCAGGGGAGGAAGAUGAAGUUCGCAACAGGGCUGUGAGGCAGAGAGACACCUGGGAGGGGGAGAGAGACAAUCUAUGGGGACCAGGGGACGACUUUGAAGGUGCGGAUGAUGAGGACCUUACCCCCGCACCAGUGUUUGACACUGAGGUCAACUGGAGCCAGACCUUCCAGGUGAGCCAGCUGGACCUUCAGGCAAUGCGAUCAGAUUCCAUCGACCUGCGCUGCAACAUCUCAGGCAACCUGCUCCUCAGCUCCAGUGACGCUCUGCCCACGGUCAGGGCUUUCAUGGACCAACUCAAUGAAAAGCACCACGGGCGGUUCACGUUGGUGCGCGUGGUUAACGUGGUGAAGCGCGUGGACGGGGUCAAGGGCAGCCGCUACCUUCUGGAGCUGGAGCUGAAAGAUGUUGACGGCCAGCUGCUGCGGCUGUCGCACUACAUCUACACUCUGAUUCGCUACAGCAGGCACCGCAGCAUGGACUUCAAUUUCCAACACCAGAAACCUCAGCUGGUGAUGUGUAACCCGGUGGGCUUCCGCUGGAAUCCUGUCGCCACCGUCCACUUCAUAGUACCUGUGAAAAACCAGGCUCGAUGGGUGCAGCAGCUGAUCACAGAUAUGGAACAACUCUUCCGAGCAACCGGAGACGCCAACUUCAAUCUCAUCAUCACUGACUACAACAGCACUGACAUGGAUGUGAGGAAGGCUCUAAAGAAGUCCUCGCUCCCCAGGUACCAGUAUGUGAAGCUGAGCGGAAACUUUGAGCGCUCUGCUGGUCUGCAGGCGGGCAUCAACCUCAUAAAUGAUGACCACAGCAUUGUGUUUCUUUGUGACCUCCACAUCCACUUCCCUCCCUCCAUCAUCGACACCAUCAGGAAGCACUGUGUGGAGGGAUACAUGGCUUUCGCUCCAAUAGUGCUGAGACUGGACUGCGGGGCUACGCCACUGGAUGCCAGAGGUUACUGGGAGGUCAAUGGCUUUGGCCUGCUUGGGAUCUAUAAGUCAGAUCUGGACGCAGUGGGAGGAAUGAACACCAAGGAAUUCAAAGACCGCUGGGGAGGAGAAGACUGGGAGCUCCUGGACAGGAUCCUCCAGGCAGGACUGGAAGUGGAGAGGAUCUACUUACGAAACUUCUUCCACCACUAUCACUCCAAACGUGGCAUGUGGAACCGGCAGGUGUUGCCCAGCCACAGAUGACCUUGUGGGCCUGCCUGCUGCACCAUGACCACAGUCGCCACGGUUACAACCACGGCAACCAGAGCACUUUAAGGCCGUAGCACGAUUCCUGCUACAUAACCGUAAUAGCUGCUGACCGACAGAGAGGGUGACACAGGAUUGGAUGCUGUCUCUGUUCACUUCAGCUCUGUGAAAAAAGCAACUCAGUGUCGGCCGUGAGGGUCGUUGCUAAGGAGGUACUACUGAUCUGCUCAGAGUUUAUUUCACUGGAUGUACUCAUGACUACUGAGAGGGUACUGGCGGAUGAGUGCCAUUGACUGUGUGAUGUUUGAAAUGAAGAUACAGUUGUGCACCAUGUCGCUGACUAACACUUUCACAAUCUGCACUACUGGCUGCAAGGAACUGACCUGAUCCAAAGAUAAAACGUAAAUACAGUGACUGUGCACACUCCGAGGAUCUAGACACACAAGUGUCCACUGAUAUCAUAACGAUCAGAAGUCUUGCACACGAGUCUUAACUGAAAACGCAAAUUGUUUGUCUGUUUGUGACAAAGAUAUAUAAGUGUUUGACUGCAGAUUGUGUCUAUGCUAAACACAACCUUAUUUGUCGUGGUAAAUUAUAGAAAACUUUAUAUUUAUUUUAUCAAUAUUUGUAGGAUUUCAUUUGUGGUUUUUUUUCAUUUGAGUCUGGCGUGUCUAGAAACAGACGAUAACAUUUCAGAAAAGCGUACCUCAGUUUACCUGUCAAGUGCUCUCCAAGUUUUCUAUGUUCCCUUACAGUUUUUUUCUGAUUGAUUCGGCACUAUCUUUUAAACAAAGCCUAAUUUUGCAAAACUCCACACACUAACCUCAAAACCUUUCACGAAAGCUGCAAAACAUUAUACAGCUCUUGCAAAAGCAAACAAUUCCUGCAAAACUCCUCAAGCUCUCAUUUGAAUAACCACAUGAAGCAGCAACUAAACACUGAUAGAAAGAGCGAAAAACACUUGUGGCUUUUGCUUUUCCUGUGUGACAGGCAGAGCAGUCUUAUCAUGCAUGUAGUUAACACACAUACGCACAGAUGUCCAAAUGUUUGAUGUGUAUUCUGAGCACUAUCAGUACUAAUGGGGAAGAGAUUACAUUUUUUUUUCUGAAAAUGUUCUUUUUGUUUUAUCUAAUGAUUCAAGAUCACAUGGUAUGGAGCACAAACAUAACACACAAUAAUAAGAGGACGAUGGCACGCGAGAUGGCGAAAGUACAAAUGUUUUUUAAACAAAGGACAGACAUUCUUCAAAAAAGUACCUAGGUUAAAAAUAACUUUUAGCUUAACUGACUAGUAACGAAAUUAAUUUAAACAUCAGUGAGCGGUUUAAAUAAUACUUUGGCAAAUGCCUUUCUCUAUAAUUCAUUAAGCUUACUUUGUGACAAUCAGAAGAAACAUGCUACUCGUCUCCCUCUGACAAUUGUCAUCGCAGAGGUUGCAGAUCAUAUGGUUUCUAUCCAGCCAUUUAUAUCUUUUAGUGACUUCAAGAACAUUGGGUUUUAUGUAACAGAUGUUUAAAUUCUAAUGAUGAUAAUACAUUUUGUUUAUCGGCGCCUUUCAAGGACAACUUACGAGACACAGUUAAAAAACAACAAGCCGCAGUGUAUCCAUAGAUCAUUAAAUUAAACAAUUCUGUAAUAUACAAUAAAAGUUAAUAAAAUGACAAAAUCACAAUUAUAAAUAUUAGGUAAAUAUUAGGUAUAAAAUCAUCAUCAUAAAAUCACUAUCAGUGCAGGUCACCAUAUGUGUGUCACCAUUAAAUCAGACCGAAUAUGCCAGCUUGAAACUACAUACAUACUACAUAAAUAUCACAUGAUGUCAUACGUCUGAGCUCAGUCUGCCCUUUUGCAUAAACACUCCUUUAACACAGUUGUUCGCAACUGGUGGGUCGCGGUCCAAAAGUGGGUCGUGGAUCCAAUCUGAAUGGACCACAAGUGACUCGCAAAUGUGUCAAGUUUGUAAAAAACACACUUUAUAUUUAAGUACAGUGAAUUUCUGGCACAGAGCUUUUAUUUUGAAGUGUCGUUUCCUGCUGUAGAUUGAGUGAAUAAUGGACAACUACUUGACAGAGACAGCAAACUAGCUCAACAGCAUGGCCAAACACAAGCAUGAUGCUAAAUAUAUUAAACUGUGUGGACCUUGAACUAAUGACUAAGGAGAAACCUGUACCCCAUGGAUGGACCAGCUGGGAACCACUGCUCUAACACACUCUAAAAGAACAGACAAAAUUAGGCUAAAUCUCCCCUGCUUCGAGAGUCUAACCAUAAGACUGUAGAGCUCAAGCUCUGAUUUGUAAGAGAAGUCAUUAUCUGAGGACUGCAACUACUAUUUUCAUUAGAAACUACUCUGCCUGUUAUUUUCACAGUAAAUCGAUUAAUUGUUUAGUCAGUAAAAUUGUGAAUAAUGCUCAUCACAUUUUCCCAGAACCCAAAGUGACGUCUUAAAUUUGCUGCUUUUGUCCAACCAACGGUCCAAAAACCCAAAGCCUCUUUAUUUACAAUCAUACACGGCAAUGAAAAGCAGCAAAUUCUCACUUUUAAGACGCGGGAACCAUCUCUUUUUUUGUUUGCUCGAAAAAUUACAGAAACAAUUAACUUAUCAUCAAAAUAGUUGCCGGUUACUUUUCUUUUCAUCAACUAAUUGUUAAAUCAUGUAAUAGCUGACCCCCAAAGCAGAGAACAUGCAUUCAGUUUGGCCCACUUGGUGAACGCGUUGGCUACGAGUGCUAAUAGUUUCAGAGAUACUGCUUCAAGAAUCACUGAUAGUGUGAGAUCAUUCAGAAAAAAACUGUAAAUAUGAAAUGUGCCUUCUGUUGUGACUGUUAUUCAGGUACUGGGACCACACAACACUGUUUUUACAACUGGACAAGCCUUGAACCGGAAAAAAUAAUUAUCAGAUUUCCAUGGCUGUGUUGUUUAGUAUGUCAGAGAAGGACUGUCAGUUAUAUUUGGACAGGUGUGUUUGUGUUGCCUGAUGCAUCACAGACAUUUCUGGCGCAUGAAUCAUAAAUGAAAUAUCAGAAAACUGAAACAAUGCAUUAAUGUGACAUUUUCUGGCCGUUCUCCUUACAGUGACACUUACCAAAGAUGUCAGUUUAAAGCUGGCUGACUGUAUUCCUCUGAAGAAAAGUUUUGUUUUGUUUUGUUUUGUUUUGUUUUGUUUUUUAAAAAAAGAGCAGGAUUUGUUUAAUGAUGUCAGGUUCUUGGAAAUGUUGUCUGUGUGAGUGUAGCAUUAAGGGACAUUUUUACUGUAGUUUUAGUGUAAUUUAUGUCUGUGCAGACAGCUUCUGUUAUUUCAUUGAUCUACCUGCUGAAUUUGAUUGUUGUUUUUCAAAAGAUGAAUUGUUUAGAUGACUUUCAAAAUCAAUGUUUUUGGGCUCAGUCUAUGAAGUUUCCUGUUCUAACGUUGGGAUUAUUGUUUUCACUGUCAACAGAUAGGAAAUACAGUGGAUAAGAAAUGAUCUUGUUUAUUUAUCAGAUUGUUUUUAUUGUUAUUUAAGACAAAACUAAUGGCAGCAUUUUUUUCUGAUUGCUCACAUUCCAUUUUAACAAACUUGUGCCUUUCUUAUUCUUCUGAAUUUGAUACACAUUGAACUGCUUCACUUGUUUUUUUAGGACAGUGUGAAAUCACAACACCAUUCUGGUCUGAUGCCAGCCUUUGCUGGUGGUUUUGGUUUGUAACGCUGCCAAGAAUCAAAGCACUGAAGCUUUUGAAAUGUGGUUUCUAGUUUGGUCAGGGUGUUUGAUGCUUUCCUCUUUUACUACUCCUUCAUCUCUUACUUUGAUGUCUUUAGAUAUACCUCAUGUGCUGGGACUUAACCUCUGCCUUACUGUACAGUUCUGUAUGAGUCUCUUCUCUCAGGGACAUGUUUUCUUUAUCACCUUUUUACACUGCCUUGACAAAUCUGAGGAAUAAACCUCUCUUGCCUUUCUUUUCAUGA